CCAAAAUAAAAUCUGCUUCAGAAGAAAUUUUUUGUUUGUACAGAAAACAAAAUCCUCAAAAAAGCAAAAUGUUGAUAUUGCAAGCUUUCUUUAUGUUUGGAGCUUUGAUUUUUACUGUUUGGAGUUCAGAUUCCACAGAUCAUGGAGAAUAUGGAAACGAUAAUGAAUUCAGGAAGUCUAUUUGUGAAAGUGAAAGUGAAGGCCUGCAUUCUGAUAUGGAAAUUUGUUUUAAACUGGAGACAAAGGCGGUACGUGAAGGAAUGUUAGAGUGCCUUAAAAAAGCCUCCCCUGAUACAGAAGAUAAUAUUACAGCCUACGUUAAAGCUGCAUGUGAAAAUAAAGAAAUAUUUCACACGCUUGAUGCUUGUUAUGAAGGGAUGAAGAAUCAAGCAGCGUCAAAGAAAAAAAUGGAAGUUACAAAAGAAGCUGGUGAAUGCUAUAUGGAAGCUGCUAAGAAACAUGGAUUAGAUCUCGUCAUUACUUACUUCGAUGAAGUAUCGAAGUAAAAAAUAUGUGUUCUUCAAGAGGAAAAUAUUGUAAUUCUCCCGAGUAUAAAAUAUUCCGAAAAUAAAAUUACUUGUUUUGA